UUCCGGCUGCGACACAGGACGGUGCUCGCGGGAAGGACUUUGCUGGGUGAGGGACUGUACGGCACUUCCGUGCACCAGGCUUGACCGCCAGCCCGGCCCGCCGGCCGGCCUGGGAUAUGGGGUCCGCCGGCUUGGCGCGGUUGCAUGGGCUCUUUGCGACCUACAAGCCCCCGGGACUGCACUGGAAGCACCUGCGGGACGCUGUGGAGAUGCAGCUUCUGAAGGGUCUCAAUGCUGGGAAGCCUCCUGCCCCUGAACAGCGUGUUCGCUUCCUGCUGGGCCCUGUGGAAGGCAGCGAAGAGAAGGAGCUGACCCGCACAGCCACCAGUGUGCCCACCCUCGCCAACCAUCCGCUGGUACGAGGACCAGCAUUCACCAGCCUGAAGGUUGGCGUGGGACACCGGCUGGAUGUCCAGGCCUCUGGGGUGCUUGUGCUCGGCGUGGGACACGGAUGCAGCCUUCUCACCGACAUGUACAACGCUCACCUCACCAAGGAUUACACAGUCCGCGGCCUCCUGGGCAAAGCCACAGACGACUUCUGUGAGGACGGGCGGCUGGUGGAGAAGACAACGUAUGACCAUGUAACCAGGGAGAAGCUGGACCGCAUCCUGGCCCUCAUCCAAGGCUCCCAUCAGAAGGCCCUGGUGAUGCACUCCAACCUUGACCUGCAGACCCAGGAGGCCUAUGAGUUGGCCGUGAGAGGCUUGAUCCGGCCCAUGAACAAGUCCCCGAUGCUGAUAGCCGGCAUCCGAUGCCUCCACUUUGAGCCUCCAGGAUUCCUCCUAGAGGUGCAGUGCAUGCAUGAGACGCAGAAGCACCUGCGGAGGCUGGUGCACGAAAUUGGCCUGGAGCUGAAGACCACUGCUGUCUGCACCCAGGUGCGGCGUACACGGGACGGCUUCUUCACCCUGGACGACGCCCUCCUGAGGACCCAGUGGGACCUACACAGCAUCCAGGACGCCAUCCGGGCCGCAGCCCCCCGGGUGGAAGCAGAGCUGGAGAAGAGCUUGAGGCUGGGGCCGGGCACCCAGCAGCUCCCUGGUCCAGGCUGGCAGCAGGACAGUGAGGGGCCGAGCUCUGCCUCGACAGGCUGGACAGCUGGCAAGGCAGCAGGUAGAUGGAGAUAAGAGUUGCUCCUGAGCCAGAGCAGAUUACUGUGCAGAAAGGAGGGGAAGCUCUGCUGUAUGUGACACGCAACUCAGAAGCUGCAAGAGAAGAGACCUGGCUCAACUGAAAAGGAGGAAAAGAUGUACAAAUACUGGCAGUGUGUUUAGUGAAGAACUAAUAUCCAUAACAUAGAAAGAGCUCUUAGAAAACAAGAAAGAAGACAGGAACAUUGGGCAAAUGACACAAACUGUUUGUAAAAAUAUGAAAAGAAAUCCAAGUGGCCAGUAAGCCAGACAUGAUGCCCGCAUUUCUAGUAGUGAAAGACCUCCAGGUGAAUGGAAGGCGAUUUUUCCUUGCCUUUGGGAAAAAGCAGUAAGAAGGUGACAUCCAGCAUGGACGGCGGGAGGAAGUGGGCAGUCUCUGCUGUGAGAGGUGCGACAGGGCAGUGAGACGCUAGGGAGACUCCCAGGUGGGUGGAAAGGGGAAACCGAGACAAGAACAUCAAACAAGGCCAAGUAGUUUGAGCCACGUACAGCCUGUUCAUCCAUAAAUCGCAAGACCUUACUUCCCCUAAUCAAGAACACUUGAGAGCAAAUGGGUUGUGCCUCUCCUUCCAGACCAGAGAACACACAGCUAAAAUCUCCCUGGUCUGACAACUUCCUUCCAUAAUUUGGCAAUUGUGGGGUACCACAGGUCCCAGGGGAAGGGCGGAGGAGGGGGCAACCUAGAAGCUGGCUACAAGCCUAAUACUCCUAAGAAACAGCAUAAACAGCCAUCUCUCAUUGAGCUUAUUCAAGGGCUUAAAGAACAAGAAAAACAAGACAAGGGCGCACCCGCAGGGAGAAAAUAAGGACCGUUCAUCAGCACACUGUUGUCAUGGAAACACCAAAAGUGCAAGAGCCUACUCCCACCCUCUGACCCCAGUAGAAAGCCUGAGCACUCACCAGGAGGCGUGACUCUGGUUCUGGUUCUGGUUCUGAUCCUGAGUUUCCACCCUCUGUAGGGCUGAAUAAAUCUUAUUCUCAUUA